GGAUAGUUCCAUCGCAACGUGCGUGCCGAAGUUGUCGAAACAUGGCAUAGUUUUGACUCCAAUGCGCCCAACAUUUGCAAUGGAUCAGCCGAUGCAAAGCGAAUGUCUUGAAUAUAUAAGGACCAUGACCGUAUCGUGGAGUAGACAUUAUCAUCAGCAUCAGAUCAUCAAGAGGAAUUCAAAGCAAUACUCAAAGCAUCCGUAUCUCUCUAAUACCUCCAAAACAACCACAACAAACAACCGAAAAGCAUAAUCACCAGAUCUCAGUCAAUCAACACAACCACCAACACAACAAACACAAUGUCUGAGACUCGCAAGAACAGCACUGCUUCCAUCUCCUCAGUCAAGGGCGCCAUGAAGACCGUCGGCCGCUUGUACAAGGAACACCACGAGGCAACCCAGGCUGCCUGGGAAGCUUUGUAUGGUCUCCACCCAACUCCUGCGACCUCUCGUCGUGCUUCUACGGAGUCCACGGAAUCCAACCCAUCAUCCGUGAGCAAGGCCUGGAGCUCCAUCAAGAAGCGGGCCGUCGAGCACCACAAGGGCGUCAACAAUGCCUACAUGGCCUACUACGGCAUCCCCUCCGAUGCCAGGGCUUAGGCAAACCGAAUACUCUAGAACACUUGGGAGAAGUGGAGGAUGCUCUUUCUUUGUUGCUUUUGAUGCUUUUAGAUCAGCGAUAGACUCUUCCCGGACGUUGAACGUCCGGUUGCAAGAUACCCCGAACUGGCGGAAUAUAGAUGGCAUUUGAUCAUCAUGAAUUGAUGACAUACGCAUAAUAAAUAAUAAACAUAAUAAUAUAUUCCAUUUUUUGGAAAAAUGAAAGACGUUCCUUAGGUUCGCUCAAUUUUCUUUAAGUCAAUUAGUUCCAUAUCCUGUCCAAUCGAUAGCAUAGUCGAAUAUGCCAUUCUACCAAAAAA